CUUUUAUGGAGCUGAGUUUAUUAUUUUGCAGAGCUGACAUAUUAGUUGUCCAGUUGUUUUUCAGUCCUUUAUAUCUGCAAGAUGUUUAUACUUUUAAUAGUGUGGCACUAUGUGGAGACGGCUAUUAGUGAAAGAUGGUGGAUCGCUUGGCCAACAGUGAAGCAAAUACUAGACGUAUAGGUAUAGUGGAAAGUUGUUUUGGAGCAGCUGGUCAACCCUUAACUAUACCUGGACGAGUUCUUAUUGGAGAAGGAGUCUUGACUAAGUUGUGCAGAAAGAAGCCCAAAGCAAGACAGUUUUUCUUAUUUAAUGAUAUUCUUGUAUAUGGGAAUAUUGUCAUCCAGAAGAAAAAAUACAACAAACAACAUAUUAUUCCCUUGGAAAAUGUCACUAUUGAUUCCAUCAAAGAUGAGGGAGAUUUAAGGAAUGGAUGGCUUAUUAAGACACCAACUAAAUCAUUUGCAGUUUAUGCUGCCACUGCCACUGAAAAAUCAGAAUGGAUGAAUCAUAUAAAUAAAUGUGUUACUGAUUUACUCUCCAAAAGUGGGAAGACACCCAUUAAUGAACAUGCUGCUGUCUGGGUUCCUGACUCUGAGGCAACUGUUUGUAUGCGAUGUCAGAAAGCAAAAUUCACACCUGUUAAUCGUCGUCACCAUUGCCGCAAAUGUGGUUAUGUUGUUUGUGGCCCCUGUUCUGAAAAGAGAUUUCUCCUUCCUAGCCAGUCCUCUAAGCCUGUGCGGAUUUGUGACUUCUGCUAUGACCUGCUUUCCACUGGGGACAUGACCACGUGCCAGCCUGCCAGAUCAGACUCUUAUAGUCAGUCAUUGAAGUCUCCUUUAAACGAUGUAUCUGAUGAUGAGGAUGAUGAUAGCAGUGACUAAGGACACAUUCUGAAACAUUUAAUCAGGUGUGACUGUGAGAAAUCAGCUCUGGGGAAAAUGGAAAUUCUUAGUGCUCUCUCACUUUCACUCUAGCCAUGACUUUGCCUGAGAAAGUUUGUACCCGUGUGCCUCAAUAUAGUCUGUAGGAAGUAGGUCUGCCCUCCUCCUCCCCUCCCAUUUUUCUGCAGGGAUAGACUGUUGCAGAUGUAUUUGGUUUCUUAUUCUUAUUUCCAGAUUAUUUUCUUGGAGGGUUGGGUAAAAUGUUUAUUUAAUAGAUUCUGUACCACAUUGUUAUUUUUAUUUCAGUUAUAUGGAAAAACUAAAAGCUCAGAAUAAUGGGAACAGGAGUAUAAUAUGAUUAAAAUAAUAACUUUUUUCUAAUCAUCCUAAUGAUUGCAAUGCCAGUGAUAAAAAUACUGUACAUGAUUGGGAAAUACGUUUUUUGCUUUAUACCAAGUGGUGCCUUAAUGUAAUAGCGUUGUUACAUGAAAUAUAAGCCCUUACUGUCUCACUUUUUGGUUUAAAAACACACUGGUGCUCUUUGAAAUACGAAUGAGUAUGAUUAGGAAUACUUAUCUGACAGCUAUAAAUCACUAAAUUUAGAAGGUAUCUUCAUUCUUUAUGAAUAAGUUUUUCCAUAAAAUAGUUGUAAUUAUAUUUUUAUGUUUUAUAGGUACCAAAUUAAAAUUGUCAAACAUAUAUUUUAAAUUAUAAAAGGUUGCCAUUCUUUAGAAUUUGAUUUGAAGAUUAUCAGUUAUACAGAAAUGUCAUUGCAUUAGCUUCACUCUCAGCAAGAUUUUUUUAGAUACAAAUUCAUCUGCUUUAUUUCUAGAAUGAAAAAUCUUAUAAGCCCUUGAAAAUGAACAGUCUCUUAAAAAUUCCAUGAUAAGAAUACUGAUCUACUUAGUCUUGAAGAUUUGGAAGAAAUAAUAUAUAAAUGAUCAAGACAGAUCACUUCAAAUUUGACUAGACUUCAUAUCUGUGGAAGUGUUGUCUAUUUCAGUAUGAAACUAUCUUGAAUCUACAAAUAGUGUUAUAUUUUAUAAAAGUUUUGUAAAGACCCAAUUUCUAUUUUUGUAAAACAAUUGUAUGUUUUAUGUUUUUCUGAAAAAUUUUGCAAUCUAUGGAAAUAGGCUAGCAUUUGAUACUUCUAAAUCAGUGUAGAUUGCUUUUGAGAAGUUAUUUUCACUUUUUGCUUCUGGGGCAACCAUUAGGUUUGAAAGUGUUUAUCAUAUAAAAUUUGAUGCAUUUUGCACUACUCAUUUCAUUCGUAUGCUGCAAAUAAAUUCUACAGUUUAUCAAAUAUGGAAAAUCAGUCUAAAGUUUAAGUUCUACAUAUUUUUAACUUCUAAAUUAAAAAUCUGAUUAUUCUGUAAAUUUCAUGAAGUUUGAUCCAAUAUUGUGGUGGAAAUUCUUUGGUAUCUUACUGUUUGACUAAGGCACUAAUUUUACUUUAUUGUUAAAUUUUGAAAGCACCUGAAGUAUACAGAUCUCCCUGUGAGAAAUGUGAAAGAAAAGCACAACAGAAACUAAGGGUUAUUUUAUUUUAUUUUAUUGUGGUUAUUGCUGUUUGUUUUUGGUUGGUCUUAAUAGCAGAUGGAUUUUUGUUUCUAAGCAAUAAGUACUUAAAAUCAGUCAGUAUAUCUGAAAAGGACCAUGAAACCUGAGAAUGCGAAUGGAGACGCUGGUACAGAGGAACCUAGUAAAUUCAGAACCAAGGGAAAUGUUCUGAGAUAUCAUGUGGAUUGUCAAUCUCUCUUGACUCUUUUUAUAAUAAAAAAUAUUUUGCAACUUCCUGUUUUCUGCAUAUUGUGACUUCCCCUUUGCUAAGAUAAUAAAGCUAUUAUGCAUAUUUUGCCUCAUUAUUUGACAGUUAAUGAGUGCCUACUACAUUCAAGGCAUUGUUCUACACAGUGUGAGUAGUGAACAGAUAUUCCUUCCUUUCUAUGGAGUUUACAUGCAAAUAGAAUCCAGGAUGUGUUAUCAUCAAGAAUGAAAAAAGUUGUAAAUCUUGGUUAUAUAUAAAAUGUGAAAUAACUUUGGUGAUUUUUCAUGCUGUUCUUGAAUGAAAUUUAUUUGGACUACCCAAUGCCUUAAUUGAAUUGGCAUUUGUUAGUGUAGGAAAAAUAAGAUUCUAUAGAUAUAAAGGAAAAAUACUAAAACAUACCCCAGUACAGAAAUUCAAACCUUUUGGUCAAGUGCAUAACAUGGCCAUGGUAAAAAUAAAAUUAUAUGUUUAUCACCUUUAUGUCAAAAUACUUACAAAUAGUACUAAAUUAUACCUUAUGACUUUUUUUUUCUGGGUACCAGGGAUUGAACUUGGGACCUUGCACUUGCGAGGCAGGCAGCAGAACCACUGAGCUAAAUCCCCAGCCCUAUACCUUGUGAUUCUUGGGGGUCCCCAGUAUUUGACCUGUAAUCUUCUCUGUCUUAGGUAUAUUAACUUCAUUCUCAAAUAAAUGUGACUUUAAGCAAUGUAGUAAUGGUUAUCUGCAUACCCACAUGUAUUACAGUGCUAUACAUUUUAUCAGAUUUAAUAGUCAUUUAAGAUGAAAAUAUAGUAAAACCUUGGAUUGUAACUUGUUCUGAGUAUUCUGCAAGACAAGCAAACAUUUCUAAUAAAUUUUAACUUGAUGUAUGAGUAAUGUACAUUUCAUGAAUGUCACAUGGUCACAACUGAACCAAUGGUAGUUCUGUCCUGUCCCCCACCACCACCCUGUCUGUUUUCUCACUGUGGGGUCGUGGGUGAUCAACUCUCAGCAGCAAGAAGUUACAGAGGCCAUCUCAUCUGCAGAGGAAGAGA